GUCUCUCUGGUGUACCUCCUGAAGCGGCUGGCCAAGGCUGUGAGUCUUUGCUUGGCCGUUUCCAAGGCCUCAGGUGUUAGUCAAGUGGCGAUUCCCUCUUUAUAUGAUGAGUGUCAUGAUGGUGUCGCAAAGGAAGUGGCUACAGCCCAAUAUUUUGCCACCACAACGGACCUGUGGUCAAGCCGCACCAUGGAGCCGUAUUUGAGCCUCACGGUACAUUUCAUUGACAUGGAUUUCAACAUGAAAACGAAAUGUCUCCAGACAUCAUUUUUCCCAGAAGACCACACAGGGCAGAACAUAGCUGCAGGUCUGAAACAAGCACUGGCUACGUGGGAUCUGGAGGAGAGUAAACUCGUUUGUAUAACCACAGACAACGCUGCAAAUGUCAUACUGGCUGGAGAACUGAAUGGCUGGAUGAGGCUCCAGUGCUUUGGGCACAGAUUACAUUUGGCCAUAGAAAGAGCCAUGAAAGAUCACAGGAUUGAGCGUGCAGUGGGGGUCUGCAAAAAAGUGGUCAGCACCUUUUCAUUCAGUUGGAAAAAAAAGAGAGAGCUGAAAAAGGCACAGAUAGACCUCAAACUGCCAGACCACUCCUUAAAGACUGAAUGUCCAACCAGAUGGGGAUCUAGGCAGGCCAUGGUUUCCAGAGUCCUUGAGCAGCAGAAGGCCAUUGCCCAUGUCCUCUCCCAAGACAAAGGAACCAGGCACCUCAUCCCCUCAUGGCAGGACAUUGAUUUCCUUGAGGCCAUCAACAAGACCCUGGGACCUUUGGUUGAAUUCACUGAUGCACUUUCUGGAGAGAAAUAUGUGAGUGUGUCUUUUAUAAAACCAACACUCCACCUAUUUAACAACUCAAUCUUGGCUGAGCAAGAUGAUGACACAGACCUCUCAAAAUGCAUCAAGAGGAGAAUACUGGAGUACCUAAAUGAAAAGUAUGGUUACUCACCAACACAAGAGUUGCUUGACAUGGCCACUGUCCUGGACCCAAGGUUCAAACUGAGAUAUGUAAGCGAGGUCAGCCAAGAGACAAUAAAAGCCAGACUGACAAUGGAAAUGAAGUCCAUUAUGGAGGCUGCAGUGAUGGGGACACCCAUUGGUAACACGGAGGUUGCUGAUGAUGGUGCAUCAAACCAAAAGAAGAGGAAAAAGGGCCUAAGCAGCUUCUUUAAGGCCCCUCACAGCACAGCUCCAGGUGCAGAACAUGCUCGUCAACUGGACCAGGCCAUAGCUUUUGAGCUUCAGGCCUACCUCCAGGCAGGGACCCUGGACACAGAGGAAGACCCACUGGGGUGGUGGAAGCUAUCACAGAACCUCUUCCCACGACUCUCCAUCCUGGCAAAGAAAUAUCUUUGCAUCCCAGCCACAAGUGCCUCAUCAGAAAGGGUCUUCAGCACUGGUGGAAAUGUUGUCAACUGCCUGCGUGCAUCCCUGAAGCCUGAUCAUGUCAAUAGGCUGGUGUUUUUGGCUAAAAACCUUUGAAAGGUUGCAGGAACCAUGUUUUGUUGAGCCAUUUUGAGAUUGUAUGGGACUCGGGCCUACUAGUUUUUAUUUAUUUCUUAUAAAAGGUACUACUUUCAGUGUUUAAUUUUAUUUUUGUUCAGGCAGCAACUUUAGUUGACAUACCUCAAUGUCAGUUUGAUGCAAUUGUGCAUUUUGUGGCUACACAGCUUGCCUUGAUGUUUGGUUAUUUGUAUGCAUAAAUAUUAUGCAGUAGUUUGAAGUUCACUAAGCAUUAAUGUUUACAUUUUUUAUUUAUUUUUUAUAUUGCAAACAUUUGCACGGUUUUCAGUAUUUGCACACCAUUUUAUAUUAUUUUUUGACAAUCUUUAAAGC